GUGACUUCAAGAGCUAUAUUCAUCUGUAUAGUGAUAUCUUGUUUUGGUUUUUUUGCUCUCGUAGGUGUCACAUUAUUGGACAGUUCAAUCAAGGCUUGUAUGAUUACAUUGUUGCAACAGAUGAACACUCGUUAUCACUUCCUACUGAGCAAGAAAACAAGGAAGCAAAGAAGAAGAAGAAAAGAGGCAAAUCAGAAAAGUGAGCGCUUUAUUCUACCUUACACAAUAUAUUACAUGUUAUUCCUACAGUAGCAUUGUUAUUAAACUUAUUUAUUAUUCUUGCAUUGGCUUAAAACAUGGGUCAAACCUAUAUAUGCUGCAGCUCACUGUUCUAGACCUGUAUUGACCCUAUAAACCUCUGUCUUGCCAUAUAGCUCUGUUAUCUCUAUAUUGACUGUGUCAUUGUAGUGCUGUUCUUCCUGUUCAUGCAGCUGCCCUCCAUUAGGUUUGUGAUUGGAAGCUCUCACCAUUGUCUUUAACCCUCUCAUUUUCAGAGUGCAAAGUAGUGAAUAUGGAGUGUCUCGUGGUAUUGAUUUUCAAAAUGUGUCUACAGUAUUAAACUUUGACUUCCCUCAGUCUGUUGAUUCCUAUAUCCACCGCGCAGGAAGGUAUGUGUAUCUAUACACAUUCUAUUUUCUGUAUUAGCCUCCUGAUCUCCCUCAUUCUUUUUUCUACAUCAACAGCCAAAUUAGUAAUUUUCCUCCUAUUUACCUUUCUACCUCUAAAUCAGAACUGUCUCCUAUGUACGUUACCCUCUCAAUCAGUCUUUUCUCCCAUUUUCAGCUUUCUCUGAUCUAGCCCUGUAUCCUAGUCUACACACAUUCCCCCCCUCCCCCCCACAAAUUGGUCAUGUUCCCAUACAUCACCUUGCAAUUCUUCCCAUCCCUCAUAGAACUCCUUUUUUUUCCACCCUCUUGUUUCCUUAACACCAUCUUAUCUUUGUUCCAGGACAGCCCGAGCUAAUAACCCCGGGGUUGCUCUUACAUUUGUGGCACACACAGAGCUACCUAUUUUGGGAGAGAUUGAGGAGGCACUGGGAGGGGGUGAGUGUGAUUUGUGAUUGCUGUUUUAUAUAAAAUGUUUGGUGUCUAUAUUAAAGGACAGCUGUCUAACAAAUUCACUCUGGACCAAAGUGAUACUUUGUGUUUUGAACCAAACUGUUUGUUUUUUAUUUAUUUUUAUGGUUGUCUGUGUAAAAUUUUGUGCAGCAUACUUUCCUCCCUGUGUACUAACUAUUUUUUCUCUGCCAUGUCUGUCCAACUUCGGUGGGAUGCUCCCUUGCAUCGGCCGUUGUAUUCUUUAUAUGUCCUGCGGGUUGGUGAUGUCAUUACUUAGCUUUUUGUGAGACAGGGCAAUCUUACUGGUUGGUUGAAGGGAUGGCGGUGGCCAUGUUAUGAUGGCACACAUUGUGUCUUCUACCUGCAGUGUUUGUGCACACUGUCUGACAGCCAGUGACUUGCCUGUGUGCUUAACAGAGCAUGCUGAGUCACACAGGUGUCAGGUAGUGCACGCACACUUAUUUCAGUCUUUAUUAGGUGUAUUAAUAUUUGGUAUAUUUGUGCUUAAAUUGGACCGUUUUUCCUCAAACAAUUGUUUGUGGGCUACCAAUAGUUCUUUAAACUUUCCAGAAUUCCUCAGUUCCUUUUUCCUCAUUGGUUGAGACUGGAUGUGUCUCUCAGAGAUUAAAGGACCACUCUUCUACCAUCUUCACGAGCGCAAACAUAGAGGGUUCACCACAUUUGUGCAAACCAUUCAUAAGCCUCAAGAAUAGAAAGGACAGAUUAGACUUUGCAAAAAAAAAAAAAAUCUUAAAAAAAGCCAGCCAAAUUCUGGAACAUCAUUCUUUGGACAGAUGAAACUAAAUCCAACGUGUACCAGAAGAUAAGACAAAACUAUGGAGAAGGCUUGAAACAGCUCAUGGUCUGCUGUAAAACAUGGUGGAGGCAGUGGGAUGUCUUGGGCAUGCAUGGCUUCCAAUGGCACUGGGUCACUAGUCUUGAUUGAUGAUGUGACAGAAGAUAGAAGCAGCCAGAUUAAUUUUGAAGUGUUUAGGGAUAUAUUGUCUGCUCAGAUUUAACCAAAUUCAGAGAGCUGAUUAGAUGAAUCUUGACUUUACAGAUGGAUAAUGACCCAACGCUACGAAAGCAACCCAGGAGUUUAAAGGACCACCAUAGGCACCCAGAUCACUUCAGCUCAAUGAAGUUCCCUCUAGGUUUAACCCUGCAGUUGAAAACAUAGUUUCAGAGAAACUACUAGGUUUCACUGAGGGUUAAUCCAGCCUCUAGUGGCUGUCUUCUACGCUUCUCACUGUGAAAAUCAGUGAGAAGACGCCGGACGUCCAUAGGAAAGCAUUAAGUAAUGCUUUCCUAUGGGCGAUUUCAAUGCUCAUGGAUCUGACGUCAGCAGGGGGUGGAGGGAGCCCGGCGCUGAAGGGGUUUUAACCUCUACAGCCCAGCGGGAGGGGGGCCCUGAGGGUGGGGGGGACCUAAUGCCCCUAUAGUGCCAGGACAACAAGUUUGUUUUCCUGGCACCAUAGUGGUCCUUUAAGUAGAGUAUUCUGCAAUGGCCUAGUCAACCACCUGAUCUCAACCCGAUCAACCAAGCAUUUCACUUACUCAAGACAAAACUUAAGGCAGAAAGACACGCAAACAAACAACUUAAGAUAACUGCAGUAAAGGCAGGGUAAAGAAUUACAAGAAGGAAACUCUGCGUUUGGUGACGUCCAUGCAUUCCAUACUUCAAGCAGUCAUUGCCUGCAAAGGAUUCUUGACAAAGUAUUAAAAAUGUACAUUUUAUUUCUGAUUGUGUUCAUUUGUCCAAUUUGAGCCCCUGAAAUAAGGGGACUGUGUAUGAAAUUGGUUGCUUUUCUUGAACCUUUGAUAUUUUUGUUAACCCCUUGAAUUAAAGCUGACGGUCUGCAUUUUAUUUGCAUCUGUUUUUUCAUUUCAAAUCCAUUGUGGUGGUGGUGUGCAGAGCCAAAAUUCAGAAAACUUUGUCAGUGUCCAAAUAUUUACAGACCUAACUAUAUAUGUCUAGGGGGAAGAAAAAUGUAUAGCUAUGUAUGUUUUUAAUACAAAAAAAACUAAAUGUAUACUUUUGCCUUUUACCUCUUUCCGUUGCAGAUGGUCCUGAGCAGUGCGCUCUAAAGCCCUAUCGAUUCCGCAUGGAGGAGGUGGAAGGAUUUCGGUACCGCUGUCGGGUGAGUGCUGGAUAUUAAAGGAUCACAUUUGGCACAAUAACCACUUCAUCUCAGUUAAGUGAAUAUGGUGUCUGGAGUCCCUAGCGUCCCCAGCCUCCUGUUAUGCUGCUUCUCCUCUGGUGCUUGGUGCUAAUGUGGAGGCAUUCAGCUGAUGUUCUCAGUCUGUCACUGUUCACCCAUUGCAAUUAAACAUACAUGUAUUUUGUAAGCUGUACUCUUAGUGGGCAGACUGUGAUAGGCUAAGAAUGUUCGCAAAAUGUUUCUGCAUUACCUUGAGCACCAGAGAAGAGGCAGAAUGGUGAAUUUGGGGAACUAUUUCAAAAAUAGGUUAGUGGAAAGUAAGAUGAACCCAGGGAACUCCAAGCACCAUUACAACUUCAUUGCCAUACAGUGGUGUAGUGCCCAGAAGGUAAAUUGUUUGAUACAGACAUGCUUUAAUGUAAUAGUGCUGUAAUUGUAAUAAUUAAAGUCCUGACAGUGUCUGUGAAGCUUCUGAAUUUUGUGUUCACUAAACUUUCACAUUUAUAUAUACACAGGAUGCCAUGAGAUCUGUCACCAAACAAGCAAUAAAGGAGGCACGCUUGAAAGAGAUAAAGGAAGAACUUCUUAACUCUGAAAAACUCAAGGUUGGCAAACACUGUUAGCCUCUCUUUCUAAUAUAAUGCCCCCACAUUAUGUAGUGUAGUCUCUAUAUAGCUGUACAUCCCAGCAUGCUUUUUCUGUUACUUUUCUAGACGUUGGCUUAGCUGAUGAACCUCUGCUCAGCUGCAUGCCGCUUGCCCCGUGCAUCCACUCCUGUGAUGUUAGCUUGACAUUGCUCUCUACUGUCGCACCCCCCCCCCCCCACACACACACCCCACAGGGCUUAUUAUAGAUUGCACUACUUGCCAAGGCGUAAAUGUUGCUCACCACUGUAAAUCUGGAGCAUCCAUGGUGCAUCACCAGGUGUGACUCUCUACUCACCCCAGCUAAAUAAUUUUAAAAGUUGCUAUGACAUUCUCAUCAAAACGAAUUAAAGUGCUUUGCCUUCUAUAGUGAUCUCCGCUAAAGUGACAGUUCUUCCAGGAGAUCAAAGUGCCGUGCAACCUAGAUAAGGAUUCCUUCCACAAAUUAUACUGUCAGUUAUUCCAAAUAUAGUAACUAAAACAAGAAAAAUGCUGAGUGCCGAUAUAGGAAAAUAGCAGAUCCCUACAUCUCUAUCUAUAGGCAGUCACACUAUACAUAUACUAUCUGUAAAGAGUGCGGAUAUGCCUUUCAUGCAAUAGGUGGCUCAUUACAGUGACAUUCAGCUUGCCACCAUGUGCGUGCUGUUAAUGUGAAAUUUAAUUAGAACAGCACAGCUGUAAAUUGGUAGGCUUCAAAAGCUAACAUGCUGCCAUUGAAAUUGUUGAAGUUGUGGAAGCAUAUGUUUCUCUGAAUUAUAGGAUUAGUUUUCCUAUAUUCCUUUAUUACUUUAAUCACCCUCAGGAAGCUGAAGAGUAACGAUUUUACACAUCUAAAACGUUCCACAGAGUUGUACUGUGUAACUGAAUUCUAAACAAGAUCUCCCGUAGUGAAAAAGUAUAUUUUGUGUGUGUGUGUGUCUGUAUUGUAGAGUGGAUAAAAAAAUAAAUAAAUACAUAUUUUAUGUUUUUUAUCUUACAUUUUGAACCAUGUUCCUAUCUGCAGACAUAUUUUGAAGACAACCCUCGUGAUUUCAACCUCUUGCGUCAUGAUAAGCCUCUGCACCCUGCCGUUGUCAAACCUCACCUCAAAAAUGUUCCUGACUACCUGAGUAUGUUGUGGGUCUUAUCUCUUUAAUGUGAAAAGUGUCUUUCUUGCUCCUUCCAUCCUACCAUUUAUCUCUUCCAUUGUUGCCCUUAUUGCCACGUCUGUUGUUGUUAACUGUGUUUAGGUCCUGGUAUGUAUACCACUGCGUAACUUUACUUGGGGGCAUCACCUUUUUUACUUUGUGUGUUAUAUAUCCAUGUGCCUGUAGGUGUCCUCUGUGUCAUUGUCACUGUGAAUAAGUCAUUGUGCGUAUUUAAGCCUGUCUAAAGGUGGUGGUGUAUUCCUGCACAAUUCCUUUAUCCACGUUCUUUUUAUGUGGGACUACAUUGCUAGGAUCUGAUUUAUUAGCAUUGUUUGUUUAUUGGUGGUCAAUUCACCUCUUUGUGCCUUUUUAUUUUACCUUCCCUUGUACAUUAUUACUGUAACUUUAAACUACACACGUGGCCUUCAUUGGUUUCCUUAUUGACUUACCAUCUCUUGUCACCUCAGUCCCUCCUUCUCUGCGCUCCAUUGCUGAUCCUUAUCACCGCAUGAAGAAGAAGAGAAAGUUAAGAACUGGAGUUUCCAGAAUACAAGAGGCUCGGUCAAAGGUGAGACUAAUGUAUUUCCUUGCCCCUCCUUACACCCCAUUAGUGAAAUGCAUAGCCAUAAUUCUGUGCAAUAGUUUAAGCUAUAGGUAGUUUCCUUCCUUUUAAUCCAGAGGUGGCACCAGGAUCAGAAUAAUAACUGUUUUUAUUCAUCUUGACUUUGGUUUAUAAUAAGUUGUUUGUUUUAAAAUUUCAGAUGGAAACUAAUGGGAUAACUAAAUUGUACUAUUUAUGCGCAAAUUUAUAUAUAUUUAUUUAAAAAUAUCAAUUGUUUUUCAUCAAAAGCCAUUCUAUUAAAAACACACACACACACACAAAAAAAAAAAAACAUUGUAAAUUAUAUGUAUGUAACAAAUCCUUGAUGUGUUUUGGGGUAAUUUUUGUAACAAUCUUUAAAUUGUAGAACAUGUGAUUUUAAUAUAUUUUGGAGUUGUAUUUUAUCUUUGGCUUGGAAAAAAACCCUUUGAUUUGCAUAAUUGACACUUUGUUUUAAAACAGUUAGUCAAGUAGAAUGUUUGUGAAUUUCAUGGACUAUCCAACUAAUUUGAUCACCUAAAACUGGUCCAGUUGUGACUCUCCAGAAUGUUGUAUAUGUAUUAUAGAAUUAGUUUUAUGGUAUUUUUAAAAUUUAAAUCUUGCCCAUUUUAAAUACUGAACCCUAUUAACUUUAAAGUGAGCCUUUCAUUCUUUAAAGGGACACUGUAGGCACCCAGACCACUUCAGUUAAUUGAAGUUGUCUGGGUGCUGUGACCCUUUUGCACCUAGUGCCGCAAUUUAAAACAUUGCAGUUCCAGAGAACUGCAAUGUUUACAUUGCAGCUCUAAGUCUGCCCUCUGUGGUUGUCUAACAGACAACCACUGGGGGCACUUCCGGAAUCUAAACUGACUUUUUGUCUGUUAUCUGAUGCUGGACGUCCUCACGGACCUCCAGCGUCAGGUCUAAUGUGUGCAUGGCCAUUGCUGCGCAUGCGCAUUAGGUCUCCCCUGCCAGCUGACGGCAGGGGAGGAGCGUGGGCGGAGCUUGACCCAGUGCCGAGGGACAUCGGCGCUGGAUUCAGGUAAGUAGCUGAAGGGGUUUUAACCCCUUCAGCGACAUGGGAUGGGGGGCGGGAAGGGGGGGGGGGUAUUCCAGGAUUGUCUAGUGCCAGGAAAACGGGUUUGUUUUGCUGGCACUGGAGAAUCCUUUUGAGGUCUGCCUGCUGCUAUGUAGAGCACAUAGGGCAAUGCUUUGAUUGCCCUGUGUGAAUCUGCAAGAGUAGGCAAUUUAGGUUGAACAACAGUUGGUCAGAUAACAGUAGAAUCUGACCAAACACAACUGCUCAACCAGAUAGAAGAAAGUAAAAUUUUCUCAAGAAAAGGUAAAUAUGCAUCAUUUCACUUGGAUGCUUCCUAUAGGCUGGCAUAGCUGAGCCAAGAAAUACAUUUUUGUGUGCAAAAAUUACUGUUUGUAAUAUUAACUACUGUGUAAAGUUUAUCUAUAAUACCCUAUGCUGAACAUAAAUGUCUUCAUUUUUUACUUAUUGGUGAACAUAAUAUUUUUGGUUUUGAAUUUACUGGCUCUAUUUGUUGUGUGUACGUGGUGUUAAAGGAACACUGUGGCGUUAGGAAUACAGACGUGUAUUUUUUACACUAUUGUGUUCUAGUACAUAUUUAGAUUUCUGAUCCCUCCUAAAUGAAUUCAAAAACAUAACUUUUACUUACCUUGUUUCUAGUGCUGAGACUCUGCCUACACCGCCACCUGUGUUUUCUUCAUGCAGCCUGACUGCUCUUAGUCUUUUCAUCCAUUCCAAUGCUUCUCAUAGAGAAUCAUUGAAUCCAAUGUUUCUCUCUGAGUACCAAUAGAGGACGUUCAACUUUUGAAAUGCAUGAGGACUUUGAACGUCACAGAACAGUCGGGCUUGAUUGUAGAAGUGGAAGCAUCUUCUAGUGCAGUGGUUUCCAAAUCAGUCCUCAAAGCACACCUACAAAUGCAUAAUUUAGGGAUUACCCAGUUGUGUCAAGGUGCUUUUUCUUUCUUUCUAAAAUAUCCUUAUUCAAAACUGGGUAAUCCCUAAAUCCUGGACUGGUAGAUGUGCUUUGAGGACUGUUUGGAACCCACUGCUCUAGUGUCUGUCAGAAAGAUGGCUAGUAGAGGUGUGGUUACUUUCCAGGACCAUACAAUAGGGCCACUGCACCCAGACCAUUUAAUUGAGAUAUAGUGGCCUGGAUAACCUAUAGUGGUCCUUUUAAGAGUAUACAAUUUACUUGUUUGACAUUUCUUAUUCUUUCUUGCAGUUCUCAAAGUCAAAGAAUCCACUGCGCACCUUCAAAUACACACGGGGCAAGAAGGGACAGUCCAAUGUCCGAAAAAGCGCAGCAAAAUCCUGAGUAUGGGGUAGGCUGGAAUGCACAAGCAUUCCAGUUGCACCCACCUCUUGUAGAGGGAAGUAAAUUAUAAUAAAUAUGGGAAUGGUCAUUGAGACAACCUUCACACAGCCAUGGAUUGGUCUUUACAUCUGAGGGAGGCAUGAAAACUAACCUGCUCCUAUUUCUUAGAGGAAAGUGUUUUUACUUUUGGUCUCAGUCGCUGUCCUGUUGUACUUCAUGUAGGUUAUAUAUCAGUCUGCUAAACCUCACAACUGUUACACCACUCAGAUUAGCACCCUCUAAAUAGCCAUCUGUUUAUUUCUAGUGAGAGAUCAAUGCAGAGUGCCUUACAUUUCUUCCCUUCGGCUAUGCCUGUGCAGUGUCCCUCAUUCAGUCCUGGAGGAGAUGUGUUUUUGUCUUUAAAGUGUGUGUGUGUGUGUGUAUAUAUAUAUAUAUAUAUAUAUAUAUAUAUAAUUUUUUUGGCUUCUGAGAAAUGUGUGCAUGUUGCAGGUUUUUGCAACCAAGAUUUGAUAUCCUUCUCUGAAGCAUAAUACUUGUAAGUAAGCUUUAUUCCGUGAGCCAACAUUCAUGUGUUAUGGUAGCCAUGACUUGUAACUUUCUAGGAAAUACAAUUGUAUUUAUACAUUGUGUUGGUCACAUUGAUAGCAAAUGCAUAGGUAAAAAAAUGUUCUUCUAUACUUUUCAGCUUUGCCAUUGUGCCUAUGGCAUGGUAGUAAAGAUUAUAAAUAGGGUGUCCAUGGCAGACGUGCUGAAAAGUUACAUUUUAUUAGAGGACAGCUUGAAAGUGGAAAAAGAGAGCGAUAGUUAUGUAUGUAUUCUUUGUUCCACAUUUAGUGAUUAUUCCACCAGUAGCUUAAAUACAUAACAAUCUGAAGGUGAACUUGCCAUCCACAAACCAUGUUUAGUGUAACAGUUGUCUUGGUUUUGAAACAAGACACAACAUUCAGCCAUUAAGUAAUUUUAUUUGCAGUAUUAAUAUUUAAUAUUGCCACAGAUUUGAGUCAAGUGAUAUGUUUAUAUAGGUUCUAUAUAAGCUACAAGCUUGUAUAAUGAUAAUUAUAUGGUUGGAAUGUUGUAUUGAAUAAUUUUCAGUGAAGAAAAGCAGAGUUAAAUGUAUUUUUCUUGAUGAAGCAACAUGCUCCGAACUAGAAAUAUGAGAAAUGAAUUAUGAAGCUUUUUGUAUCCAAUAAAUUUCCUGUGUCUUAUCCUUUA